AACAACAAGAAACAUGUCGGGUGGGCUUACGGCAUUUUUCACCUAGAAAACGCUAUAAAAAACGUUUGUUCCUUUCAAUGUCAAAAGUUUAAAUAUGUUAUUGUGAUAAUGGCGGAAGCUUCUCUUAAUUUUGAGCCUCUUACAACGCUUGAAACCCUGGUGUUAGACAAAACAGGUGCGCAAACUGACGAAUAUCAGCAGGAUAAUGGAGUGUAUGAAAAUGCAAAUGAAACAACUCCGUCAAACGAAGCUAAAACCACUUCUGAAUUUUCCCAGGACGGUAUGCCUGAAGAUCACGAGCGAGAUAAUGGAUUUCCUAAUAGCAGUUUAGAUGAAAAUGAUUUCCACUUGCCUCUUUCUGAUGCUGAUACCAGCAUGAACGAUCUUCCGUUUCCCGAUACAUCAGACGAUCCCAUUGCUGCGAGAAAUGAAAUGGAUGAAAACCAUCAACUUGAAGAUGCAUCUGAAGAAACAGAAGAAUUUUCACUAAGACUUAGAGAUGAUUCAGAGCUUGAAGACAGAGGAGAUGAAGAAAUAGAUGAAAAUAAUGUCAGAGAUGAUUCAAAUGACGAAAAAUUCAUGAACACUCUUCCUGAAGAAUGCAAUGAGAGUGAAGUUUUGGAAAAUGAUCUUCAAAAUAAUCUAGAACUUCAAUAUGAUGAUACAAAUUUGAAUGUAGGUAACAAUGUUGAAUCAGAGCUGAAAGACUCUGAUUCUGAAACUGCCAACUUGACAAUUGAUGACCACACUGAUGGUGUUUUACAAAAAUGUACCCUAGAAAACAAUAAUAAAACAUUUGGUCAGUCUAAUAGCAUUAUUACUAGUCUUGAAACAAUAAAUGAUAGUUCAAAUUUAUUGUUUGCUACUUCAAAUUUAGAAUCAACUGAGCCUGAGAUGGCCAAUCUGGAUUCAAAUAUUUCACCGAAGCAAAGUUUCCCAGUAGAAGAAAAUGUUUACAAUCAUUCAGAAUCCAGUUCCAAUCAUCUGGAUGACAAUCUUGGUAUGGAUAUUAUUGAAAAUAUUGAUGAUGCUCUGAAGAUUGAACAUAGUGCAGGCAAGGAAGAAAAUCUUAAUAGUGAAACAUUUUCCAUUUCAAAUGGCUAUGAUGAAAUGAAUCAUGAAGUUGUUGAUGGACCUUAUGUGUCCAGAGUUGACAAAUGCGGUUCUAGAGAUGAAUCUUCUGAGCAGCAUGAAUCACCACCUACAAAUGCUGAUAUUGAUAACUCAAUGCCUCAUGAUGCAACUGAUAGCCUAAUAUUGCCAAGUGAAGUUCCAUCUCAACUAAAUAUUGAAGAAGCAAGCACAAUGGAUGAAGCUAUGGAGACAGAUUUUCAAGUUUCAGCAUCUGGUCAAACUGUCGAAGAUGAGCAUGAGAGCAACACUGCUAGUGAAAGUCCACCCCUACCUGCACCUUCAUCAGGAGCUGCCCCUGCUGCGGUUACUCCACCAAUUGUUCCUACUUCAUCAUCAAAUGGAUCGGAGUAUCCUGAAGGAACUAUCAAUGGUGAUUGCAGCAGUGGUGAGAGUAGCAAUGGUGAAGGCAAAGUUACAGUUGGACAAGGGGAUGUGGGAGUCUCGGAGUUCAACUGGGAGGUUGUGAAGUGCGUUUACUGCAAUGCACUUGUUCUCGAUCAAGAGCCAAAGCUACUUCCUUGCCUGCACUCAGCUUGCAACAAGUGUGUUGGCCAUGAAGCCAUGCAGCCUGCAAUGAAAGAUGAUGACAUUUUACCAAUGGAUCCUCUGCUGCACUGCCCUGUGUGCAAGAAAGGCUUCACCCAGGAGAACAUAAUUGACAACAUGUUCAUCUGUGAGGCUGUUCCCGUCACUGGAGCAUCGUCAGCUCAGGUCUACACAUGCACCUCUUGCUCCGAUGAGGCCCCGGGCAGCCUCUUCUGCAUUGACUGCGCUGAGUGGCUCUGUGAUGCCUGCCUACAGGCCCACAAGCGAGUGAAGGUAACCAAGGACCACAGUUUAAGGAGCAAAGAAGAGGUGGAGGAGGCUGAUAAUGUUGGAAAACUUGUGACAAAAUCAAUUAACUGCACAGCUCAUCCAAAGGAGAAGCUGCACCUCUACUGCACCACCUGCGAGCAGCUCACAUGCCGCGACUGCCAGCUCAUGGAGCACCGUGAGCACAGGUACAAGUUUGCGGAGGAAAUGGCCGGACAAACUAGAGACAAAUUAAGGAAGCAUUUGCGGGAUAUUCAAGUGAAGAGAAGCUACAUAGAAAGUGCUAAAGAGUUGGUCGGCAAACGGCGCCGUCAAAUCAACAAGAAGGAAGAAAGCGUCAGGACAGAUAUCAACAGACUUGUAGAAACGUUUGUGGAAAUUAUUCGUAACCGGGGCAAUGCUCUCAUCAUGAUGCUGUCGGAGGUGUGCAACAGCAAGCAGGAGCAGCUGGACAAGAAACAAGAAGUCCUGCAGCAUCUUGGCGGCCAGGCUGACCAUUGCACACAGGUCCUCAAUACUGUGCUUGACACCAGCAGCGACACUGCGUUGCUCUACAGCAAAAAGCUCCUGAUGGAACAAGUACUGAAAGUUGAUAAAGAUUCUCCUGAUCGACAUCUUUUUGAUCGCUUCCGCGCCAAGCUCAACUCGAGCGAUGAAAUUUCUCUGCGCAUCUCCAGCGAAUCUCGUGGACUGGGGAAAGCUCUGAAGGAUGUUGGCUACUUGUUGGUGGACAAUAAGAUUUAUCCUCCAAGUUCCAGCAGCGACUCGUCAGCCACUUCCAGCUCCUCUACAACCACGGUUACGACGUCGACCUCAUCCAGUACCUCCACCACGUCCACCACGUCUGCUUCCUCCACCGCCUCGUGUUCAGCCUCCACUAAUUCAUCAGCUGCUGGCGAUUCUUCUGUAGCUGCCAACAACAACGGCAGCUCUGUGUCCUCCUGCCUCAAUGCAAGCAGCAACAAUACCGGACAAAUGAUGAACAACGCCAAUAAUAUUUCAGUAAACAAUAACCUGAGCUCCUGUAUGAACAGCGGCAAAAACGGUGUUGCGGGCACAGGUGUUCUAAGUAGUUGUGCGGGCAACAUUACGGCCAGUUUGCUUCCCUCAUGUAGCAAGACAAGCGCCUUGUCAUGCCAACAGUCUACUGUAGACCCCACUUGUUCCUCCAUGCCCAUCAACCAGCAACUUAUUCAACAGCAGCAGCAGCAUGGCAUGCACAGCGGCUUGCAAGCACCGAUCGCAGGACCGACUAUGAUGUACAACCCUCCUCAGCCUCCUGCCCUCACUCCCAUGCAUUCACACGUGCAGCAGCAACAGCAGCAGCAUCUCAUGCAGGGAGUCGUUGGCUCUGGACCUCCUGCCAUGCAUUCAAAGUACGCAAAUUACGGACACGGCGCUAGCAAUCCUCCUGGCCUGGUGCGGAUCCAGCCAAAGCCUGGGGCAGGGAUGCCCCCAUCGGGCGGUCUGGGAACGUCACACCCCCAUCAGCAGCAGCAACAACAGCAGCACAGCACUCCCCCGCCGUACCAUCGCAUGCCUCCUCACUUGCCUGCUCCGAAUCGUGCGUCCUCCGAUGUUGCCCCUUCAGUCUCGUCGUCCACUCAUCCCAUCGGUUUAGAUUCAAGCCACCUCAGAGGACUGCUGGCGCCUGGAGGCUCCUACAAGUCCAACUACAACUCCCACCUUGCCCGCAUGCAGCAACUGCAGCAGCAGCAUCAACAGCAACACCAACAGCAGCAUCAUAUGCAACAACAACAGCAGCAGCAUCAACAUCACCAGCAACAACACCAUCAGCAGCAGCAGCAGCAACAACAGCAGCAGCGACGAUUAAAUGCUGCUGCUUACAGCGCCUGCAACCAGGCAGCGGCGGCGGCAGCGGCGGUGAUGGCCGCCGCAAGCGCCUCCAUGACCCCCGCCAUGGCCGCCGCCGCCGCAGCUGGGGCUGCACCAGCGCCCCCCAACUUGAGCCUGAUGGCGGGGCAGCUUCCAGGAGCGUCAGGCAUCAGCAUCACUCCCCUGCCGCCCCCACAACAGCAGCCCAAAGUUACCGCCUUGGUGGGCAGUGUUGGCAUUCUCAGGAACUCUCUAACUAAGGACUGCUCGGGAUAUCCUCAGCAGCUGAGACCUCAACAAGCGUCACCUCACAGCAGCAGCACUACGCACGGUCCUGCAGUUCCACAUCAACAACAACCUCAGCAACAACUGCAACAACAACAGCAGCAGCAACAGUAUGGCGUUAACGUCAAGAAAGAGCGCAGCAGUCCCUCCCCUUCGUCGUGGCACACGCCCCACGCGCCUGACGUGAAGCCCAUGGUCUCCAUAUCAUCGCAAGCAUUCGACAACUCCUUCAAGAUUAUGCUCACCUCGAACAAGACGGCCCCGCUCGUCCCCAGCGCCCCGACCAGUCAGCCUGGGGCGGGGGGAGUCUCUUCCUCAUCGGCACAGUCCAACCUGCCUUCUCUCACUAAACUCUUCAGACAAAUCCUGCCUAAAGUGCCCGCCGACCUCAAAGACUCCAGCGCCAGCGAAGGCAAGAGCGGCGGCGAGAGCUCUUCGAACGCCUUCCCUUCCUUCAGCAGCCUCACCGAGGGCGGCUCAGCCUCGACAUCGACUUCUAAGAGCAGGACGACGCCGGACAGUAACGCGGCUGACAGCUCAUGUAGUCCUUCAGCCAUCUUCGGGGACAAGAGCAGCGCUAGUUCUGUUGACAGCGCUCCUUCACUAGCAGGCCCUCAGGAGCCUGCACCUCCAGGCACAGUCGCCGUCAAAGCCUCGCCCAUUACCAGCCCUAACGCCGACCCUGCCAAACUCUUCGCUAGGAGACGUUCAG